AUGCCAAGCUAUGUUAAGUUUUUUAAAGACAUCCUAACCGAGAAGAGGAAGCUAGAAGACUUUGAAACAAUUGCACUUAUUGAGGAGUGCAGUGCUAUACUUCAAAACAAGCUUCCACCAAAGCUGAAGAAUCCAAGGAGUUUUUCUAUACCUUGCACUAUUGGUAGAUUUAAAUUUUUUAAAACUUUGUGUGAUUUGGGUGCUAGUGUUUUAAUUAUGUCUUUGUCAAUUGUUGAGAAAAUUGGACUUGAUGAGAUACAACCUACUACAGUUUCUUUGCAAUUAUCUGAUAGAAAAAUCAAGUACCCUAUGGAGAUUAUUGAAGAUGUGUUGGUUAAAGUUGGGCAUCUCUACAUUCCAAUGGAUUUCGUUGUACUUGAGAUGGAAGAGGAUGUGGAAAUUCGUUUAAUCUUGGAACGACCAUUCUUGGAUACUAUUGGUGUAAUCAUUGACGUAAAGGAAGGCAAGAUAACUUUUAAACUUGGAGAAAAGGUAGUGGAGUUUAAUAUUUUCAAUGCAAUCAAGUAUCCAUAUACAAUUAUAAAGUGGAUUUAG